AUGACAGCUGUUUCUGACGAAGAGGAGCGGAGGAGGCUAUUACAUUUGGCCCUGGUUCUUCUCCCUAAGCACCAUAGGAGCACUAUGGAGGUUUUCUUUGCAUUCUUGAAAUGGGUAGCCCUUUUCUCUAGCAUCGACUCUGCUGGUAGUAAAAUGGACAUACCAAAUCUUUCAACAGUAAUUGCCCCAAGCAUACUCUCUUCAAAGAGUCAAGAUCCGUUACGAGACCACAGUUUCGCCGUGAUCGCAGUGGUCACACAAAUUCUAGAAGAACAAGAUGCCUUCAAUCGUGUACCCCCGGAAUGUUUACAAAUACUCUCCGAUAAGAAGGACUUUGUCAAAUGCGCAAACGAAUCAUCAAAAGAUCUCCUUAAGAAAUGCGCCCAGCAUUUCCGAGGAAAAAGAAACGCUGAUGGAACAAAGUCUCCCGUUCUUUCGCCCACGAGCCUGCAAUUUUCACCAGGAACCCUUCACACGCAGAAGUCUGAAGGCUCAUUAGAUGCUCGCGGACGGGCUCAGGCUGAAAGGAAGGGAUUAAGAGAUUCAAAAUCUCUAGAGCGAAAGGAACCUCGUGAGCGCA